UUCUUGCAAAGAUGCAGAGAUUUUGAUCUUAUAAAGAAACUGACAGAAUAAUGGAGAAGAAAGUAAUGGGAGAAGCAGAAGUUGAAGUGGUGCUCCCACCUUCUCCAACUUUAACUAUUGGAAUAGCUAUCAAUGGGAGCAGAGAAAGCAAGUAUGUGAUUAAAUGGGCCUUGGAGAAAUUCAUUCCCGAAGGAAACAUCAUGUUCAAAUUGUUACAUGUUCGUGCGAGGAUUACUGUUGUUCCUACACCGAUGGGGAACUUGCUUCCGAUUUCUCAAGUACGAGACGAUGUUGCCGCGGCAUAUAAGAAGGAACUGGAAUGGCAGGCGAAUGAAAUGCUUCUUCCUUAUAAGAAAAUAUGUACUCAAAGAAAGGUGGAAGCUGAUGUUAUAAUCAUUGAAUCGGAUGAAGUGGCGAAUGCAAUAGCAGAGGAGGUUUCAAAGAACACUAUCACCAGACUUGUUAUCGGAGCUUCGUCUCGUGGGAUGUUUACAAGGAAGCUUAAGAAAAAUAGUUUGUCCUCGAGAAUCUCAGCCCGCACUCCGAGCUUUUGUACAGUCUAUGCUGUUUCAAAAGGAAAGUUGUCGUCCAUCCGGCCAGCUGAUUCGGAGAUGAAUGGAAGCAUCAAAGAUGAUAGCAGUGAAACGAGUUUUUCCUCCAAUAAUUCAUCAGGCUACACUUUCAGUUCACAGACAGAAUUUGGCUCAGUGGCAUCGUAUGCUACUUUCCGUUCUGCAUCCCUGUCAAUGCAGAGACAUCAAGCACUUUCGACUAUAAAUCAUACAAUUUUACAUUCAAGAAAUAGUUCUCUUGCAAGUAACCAGUUCAAAUCGACUGAGUCCAUCCAGUCUAGAUCUGCUGGUAACAGUAACAUCCAUUCUAGAUGCCAUUCUAUGGACACUGCGGCAGGGAAUGGAGAUAUGAGCUCUCGUCCUAGCUGUGCAGAAUCUAGAGAAGCAAUCUGUCGAAAUUCUAGUCGCAGAAGCUUGCCAACCAAUCAACUAUCAUCGUUACCGGAUCAAAUUUGUACCUCAGAUGUGCAGACAGAUUGUUAUCCGUCUGAAUGUCAGGUAAAUAUCAACUUUGAGCUCGAGAACCUGAGAACCGAACUCAGACACAUUCGAGAAAUGUAUGCCGUAGCUCAAAGUGAGACCUUUGAUGCAUCUCGGAAGUUGAAUUCUCUAUGUGAACGUCGGCUAGAGGAAGCAAUGAAGCUUAAGGAGGUAAGUUCUAAGGAGGAGAAAGCUAAAGAUUUAGCUAGACAAGAGAAGGAGAAGUCUGAAGCUGCAAGAAGAGAGGCUGAGCAUGUGAAGGAGUGCACCAACCGAGAGGCUUCACUGAGGCGAGAGGCAGAGAUGAAAGCCUAUAACGAGGCUAAAGAGAAAGAAAAGCUUGAGAAUUUUCUCACAGGUCCCAUCCAGCAAUACCAGACGUUCGAAUGGGAAGAGAUUGUGUCAGCUACAUCAUCGUUCUCGGAAGAUCUUCGAGUGGGGAUGGGAGCAUAUGGAACUGUCUAUAAAUGCAUAUUCCACCAUACAGCUGCUGCAGUGAAAGUUCUCCACUCAAAAGAAAGCAGUAGAACUAAGCAAUUCCAGCAGGAGCUCGAAAUCUUGAGCAAAAUUCGACAUCCGCAUUUGCUUCUCCUUCUCGGUGCUUGUCCCGAACAUGGUUGCCUAGUUUAUGAGUACAUGGAGAACGGUAGCUUGGAGGACAGAUUGCUCCGGAAGAACAAUACCCCACCAAUCCCUUGGUUUGAGAGAUACCAAAUUGCUUGGGAAGUAGGCUCGGCUCUUGUUUUUCUCCACAACUCAAAGCCCGAACCAAUUAUUCAUCGUGACCUGAAGCCUGCAAACAUUUUACUCAAUCAUAACUUUGUGAGCAAGAUCGGUGAUGUCGGACUUUCCAUGAUGAUAACCGCAGAUUCUUGCUCUACAUACACCAUGUACAAGGACACGGCACCUGUUGGAACAUUCUGCUAUAUUGAUCCCGAGUAUCAAAGAACCGGGUUGAUAUCUACGAAAUCCGACAUUUAUGCUUUUGGGAUGAUAAUAUUGCAGUUGCUAACUGCAAAACCGGCAAUGGCACUAACUCAUGUGGUGGAAACAGCAAUCGAUAAUGACAACUUAACUGGAAUUCUAGACUCAGAAGCUGGGAAAUGGCCUGUUGAAGAAACAAAGGAAUUAGCUAGAUUGGGACUGAGCUGUGCCGAGCUUCGGCGUAAAGACAGACCCGGUUUGAAAGAUCAAGUACUUCCUGUUCUAGAGAGAAUGAAGAAGGUUGCAGAUGAGGCUCGAAAAUCAAUCUCCAAUGUAUUGGCUAAACCUCCUAACCACUUCAUUUGCCCCAUAUUGAAGGAUGUAAUGGAUGAACCAUGUGUUGCAGCAGAUGGAUACACUUACGACCGCAAAUCAAUAGAGAAGUGGAUCGAAACAAAUGAUAAAUCACCAAUGACAAAUUUGGCUUUGCCAAAUAAGAAUCUGCUUCCAAAUUACUCUCUUCUGUCUGCAAUUGUGGAGUGGAAGUCCAGAAAACAAUGAUCUCCUUGCAUUCUUUUCCCUACUACCAAUAUAUAUAUAUGCUUUCUUUCUGCAACUUGAGUUCCUCUUAAGAUUUUGAUGGUAUUUUAGACUCUACUUGAGGGG